GUGCUAUCUGGUGACCGAACAGAGUCAUAAAGAGCACCUGUUUGUGUGGAUCACGACGUGACAAACCCGUUAUGUGUACUGAAACCUCGCGAAAACAGCAGAAACACAUCUUCAAGGGCAUAAUAGUCUGAUCUGGGUCAAUUCAGAAGAAUGGCAGCUCAGAAAAAUAAACACGGACUCCCGGCUAUUAAGGAGUUAGAGAAUAUUCUGGACACAUGUAAACUUGAUCUGAAUCCAGUCGAUGAGGUCUGGCCAAACUUGUACAUCGGAAACGUGGCCAUUGCUCAAAACAGAAAUGCUUUGAUGAAAAUGGGUAUCACUCAUGUCUUAAAUGCUGCCCAUUCCAAGCAAGGCAGCAUUGGGGACCAGAGUUAUUACGGCAAUACAAUUGUGUAUUAUGGCAUCCCAGCAGAAGACUCUUCAUCAUUUGAUCUGAGUGUGUACUUUCAACCGGCUGCUGAUUUCAUCCACAAAGCCUUGAGGAAGAAGAACGGAAAAGUGCUUAUCCAUUGCAUCAUGGGAAUGAGUCGGUCUGCCACUCUGGUUCUAGCAUACCUUAUGCUGCGUCAGCGUCUUACUCUCCGCACUGCCAUUCAAACGGUUGUACUGCGACGAGCAGUCUAUCCUAACAGGAACUUUUUGAGCCUUCUAUUGGAUUUGGACAUUCAGCUACAGAGAAAGCGAAUGCUGUGUCCUAUUCUCUGGAUGUCUCUCAAGGAGCUGUGUGCCUAUGAAACACCAUCAGUUGCUGAAAUGCAGAGCUUCCUGUUGGCUGACAGACGGCCCACUGGACAUGUCAACCAAGUGUGGCCUAAUGUGUACAUUGGCAAUGAGGUUGCGGCCCGAGACAAGCCAAUGUUGUAUAAUAUGAGGAUCACACACAUUGUGAAUGCUGCUAGUGGACCCCCUCAUGUCAACACUGGAGCCCGCUUUUACAGAGACAUGGAUAUUGAUUACUAUGGAGUGGAGGCUGAUGAUUCCACAGAUUUCAUCAUGAGUGUGUUUUUCUAUCCCACAGCAAGGUUUAUACAAGCUGCAUUGUCAAAAAACGGAAGAGUAUUUGUCCAUUGUCUGAUGGGAGUGAGCCGCUCUGCCACCCUGGUGCUGGCCUUCCUCAUGAUCUGUGAGGAUCUUACUCUAAUGGAGGCCAUUAAAGCUGUACGGCAACACAGGGACAUCUGUCCUAAUCCUGGCUUUCUUAACCAGCUUCGACAUCUUGACAUGAGCCUCGUCCGAGAAAGGAAGAAAAAAGGAAGCUUACAAAUUGUAACUGAAACUUGGUAACAAUGUGAUGAAUCCCAUUUCAAGCGCACAUCCCUUAAGGGCCUCCUUCCCCAUGGCCUUGACCCAGUUCUAUUGGGCCAGAUCUUAUUUGCUAAUAUCUAUUGUAGUGCAAUGGCAAAGUAGGUAUCAAAAGGCAAAAUUGAAGGGUUUCCCCAUAAAUAGUAAAUAACCUCCAAAUGGCAGCAGGGUCGCAAAAUAAAUGGGAGGUUUUUAAAUUUCUUCCAGAUGAGUUAUACUUUGAACUUGUCUUGAAAUGAGCCAGCAAGCAUGUCUAUUUGUAUUUUAUUUUUAUUUCUU